AUGGAAUCGGGAAGAAGUGGAUGGAAUGAGGGAGAAGGGGAUGGAAUCUGGGAGAAGGGGAUGGAAUCAGGGAGAAGGGGAUGGAAUCUGGGAGAAGGGGAUGGAAUAUGGAAGAAGGGGAUGGAAUCUGGGAGAAGGGAUGGAAUCUGGGAGAAGGGGAUGGAAUCGGGGAGAAGGGGAUGGAAGGAGGGAGAAGGGGAUGGAAUCUUGGAGAAGGGGAUGGAAUCUGGGAGAAGGGGAUGUAAUCGGGGAGAAGGGGAUGGAAUGAGGGAUUUAGGGUUUAGAAUCUGGGAGAAGGGGAUGGAAUCUGGGAGAAGGGGAUGGAAUCUGGGAGAAGGGGAUGGAAUCUGGGAGAAGGGGAUGGAAUCUGGGAGAAGGGGAUGGAAUCUGGGAGAAGGGGGUGGAAUCUGGGAGAAGGGGAUGAAAUCUGGGAGAAGGGGAUGGAAUCUGGGAGAAGGGGAUGGAAUCUGGGAGAAGGGGAUGGAAUCUGGGAGAAGGGGAUGGAAUCAGGGAGAAGGGGAUGGAAUCUGGGAGGAGGGGAUGGAAUCUGGGAGAAGGGGGUGGAAUCUGGGAGAAGGGGAUGGAAUCUGGGAGAAGGGGAUAGAAUCUGGGAGAAGGGGAUGGAAUCUGGGAGAAGGGGAUGGAAUCAGGGAGAAGGGGAUGGAAUCUGGGAGAAGGGGAUGGAAUCUGGGAGAAGGGGAUGGAAUCUGGGAGAAGGGGAUGGAAUAUGGGAGAAGGGGGUGGAAUCUGGGAGAAGGGGAUAGAAUCUGGGAGAAGGGGAUGGAAUCUGGGAGAAGGGGAUGGAAUCUGGGAGAAGGGGAUGGAAUCUGGGAGAAGGGGAUGGAAUCAGGGAGAAGGGGAUGGAAUCGGGAAGAAGGGGAUGGAAUCUGGGAGAAGGGGGUGGAAUAUAGGAGAUGGGGAUGGAAUCUGGGAGAAGGGGAUAGAAUCUGCGAGAAGGGGAUGGAAUCUGGGAGAAGGGGAUGGAAUCUGGGAGAAGGGGAUGGAAUCGGGGAGAAAGGGAUGGAAUCUGGGAGAAGGGGAUGGAAUCUUGGAGAAGGGAUGGAAUCUAGGAGAAGGGGAUGGAAUCUGGGAGAAGGGGAUGGAAUCUGGGAGAAGGGGAUGGAAUCUGGGAGAAGGGGAUGGAAUCUGGGAGAAGGGGGUGGAAUCAGGGAGAAGGGGAUAGAAUCUAGGAGAAGGGGAUGGAAUCUGGGAGAAGGGGGUGGAAUCUGGGAGAAGGGGAUGGAAUCUGGGAGAAGGGGAUGGAAUCUGGGAGAAGGGGAUGGAAUCUGGGAGAAGGGGAUGGAAUCAGGGAGAAGGGGAUGGAAUCUAGGAGAAGGGGAUGGUAUCAGGGAGAAGGGGAUGGAAUCUGGGAGAAGGGGAUGGAAUCUGGGAGAAGGGGAUGGAAUCUGGGAGAAGGGGAUAGAAUCUGGGAGAAGGAAUCUGGGAGAAGGGGAUGGAAUCUGGGAGAAGGGGAUGGAAUCUGGGAGAAGGGGAUGGAGUCAGGGAGAAGGGGAUGGAAUCUGGGAGAAGGGGAUGGAAUCUGGGAGAAGGGGAUGGAAUCUGGGAGAAGGGGAUGAAAUUAGGGAGAAGGGGAUGGAAUCAGGGAGAAGGGGAUGGAAUCUGGGAGAAGGGGGUGGAAUCUGGGAGAAGGGGGUGGAAUCUGGGAGAAGGGGAUGGAAUCUGGGAGAAGGGGAUGGAAUCUGGGAGAAGGGGAUGGAAUAUGGGAGAAGGGGAUGGAAUCUGGGAGAAGGGGAUGGAAUCUGGGAGAAGAGGAUGGAAUCCGGGAGAAGGGGAUGGAAUCUGGGAGAAGGGGAUGGAAUCUGGGAGAAGGGGGUGGAAUAUGGGAGAAGGGGAUGGAAUCUAGGAGAAGGGGAUGGAAUCAGGGAGAAGGGGAUGGAAUCUGGGAGAAGGGGAUGGAAUCUGGGAGAAGGGGAUGGAAUCUGGGAGAAGGGGAUGGAAUAUGGGAGAAGGGGAUGGAAUCUGGGAGCAGGGGAUGGAAUCGGGGAGAAGGGGAUGGAAUGA